AUGGCUGGUCUGCUGACCUCUGCACUGCGCUGCAGACUGUCAAGAAUGAGCUCGGGUGCCUUAACUGUUUUCUCUGAGGGUCUGCCCGCUGGAGCGAACGCCCCGCUUUGGGGACCUCAGAUGCAGGAUCGGCGCUUUUAUCGCAACCGUGGAGUGUUGAAGCUGCACUGCAGCGAGUGUCGAUACGUCGUCCGCCGGUGGCAUAUUCCAAUUCUCGCGGUGGACUGCAGCGCCAAUGUGAGGCAUAAGCAGGCGCUCACAAAUCCUCCGAUUCGGUCCCGAUGGUCGACUCAGUUUCCUGAAUACUUGCGUCCGUGGGUGGAGGGGAAGCAGUAUCCGCGACAUCCGCAUUACCGGAUGGCAUAUACCUUCCAGUGCUACCACAAAAGCAAGCAUCUGAGAUUGAGAUGA